AUGGAACAGAUGCAUUCUUUAGAAUCAAGUUUACCUCCAGAGCAACCUCCUACGAAGCAGGCCAUUGAGAAUCUUAAUUUGGAACUUUCUCAAGAGUUCAAGCUAGCCGCCAAUGCAGUAACAAGGCUUUACCGUGUGGCUAAUGAGAAAAACUCUUUAACCAAACAUCAAGGCUACCUCACCUGUUUGGAUGAUAUACUAUGUGCGCUGGAUUCAAAUGUGACUACCGAUGAGUUAAGGGCAUGGUGUUAUAAACGAAGAAACGAUAUCCUCUCAAAUUCACAAGAUAAAUCUUCAAAUCCGGUGAAAGAAAGGGAAAGAAAGCUUAAUAAGUUUAGUGAAAACCAGCACCGCGAAAAUGAUACUCAUAAAGAACCUUCUAGAAAGGAUAUUGAAGUCAAGUAUAAUUUCAGUUUCAAUGAAUCAAAUGGGGACCUCUCUAAUAUCAACGGAAAUGUGUCACCGAAGUUUAGGCUCUCUAUGCCGCCUUUAAGUGUCGAGCAUCCUGCAAGGAAUGCUAACCGUAUAAAAUCCUGGAAAGUACGAACAAUCAAUCAUGGACGAGGAGACAUGAGAAACUUAAAUGACAUAAUAGCACUUGGAAAUGAGCGUGAACGUGAACAUGAAAAUUUACAUCACGAAAAGAAACCGAAAUUGGAUUCAGAUUCAGAAGCAGACGUAUUUCACCAAGACAUGGAGCCGUAG